GACUUGGUCCUGGCUGCAGUUCAGAGUAAGCGCUGCACUCGUCACUCCGAUGCGCUGGGGAAGGACUUCUCUGAUUGGUUUCCUCGUGCAGAGUUCGCUGGCGACCGGGACGUGAUGCUCGUUUUAGUCAAGAAGAUGCCGCUGUUGCUGAAGCAGGCCUCACACAAGCUGAGGGCUGAUCGUCGACUUGUCAUGGUCGCCGUUGAAGGGGACGGGGACGCUCUGGAAUUUGCUUCAGAGGAACUGCGGGGCGAUCGGGAAGUUGUCAGCAUCGCUCUGGAGCACAUGCCACCGGGUGGUGACAUUCUCAAGUUCGCGUCGGAAGCUUUGCGAGAGGAUUCGGAGCUGCAGCUCCUGCAAGCUCAGGCUGUCGAGCGCCACGAGGAAUGGCUGGCCAAGCCGACCAGCUUGGCCGAAACAUCCAAUGUGGACUUGGGCAGGACACGGGACUUGCUCUCGCUGCUGGAGGAUUUCUCGCAGCCGGAUUCGCCAACCUCUCCAUGCUGA